AUUCUAGAACUAGCGUUGCCAUUUCUAGGCUUCUGUUGAGAGCUGUGUGACAGUGAAAAAGCUGCACGGCUGCUUGGUCUUGAACUAGCGCUAAUACCUUAUCGUUUUCUGAUCAAUUGGAAGAGGCAUUGCCGUUUCGACUCUAUCUCUCGCUUUUCGGUCUCUAUCUAAUUGUUUCUUAUUCCUCUGCAAGAAAUGUCGGUUGUUGGGCGGAGAGGAAUUCAUUACUUGCAGAAACUAAAAGCUGCGAACAUCCCUGCUGAGUUGAUAGAGAAGGGCCAAAAUCGCGUUAUUGAUGCUUCUCUUACUCUUAUUCGUGAGAGAGCGAAGCUUAAGGGAGAGCUUGUGCGUGCUCUAGGAGGUGUUGUGGCAUCAUCGUCCCUUCUUGGAGUUCCUCUGGGGCAUAACUCAUCAUUUCUUCAGGGCCCAGCAUUUGCUCCUCCUCGAAUUAGGGAGGCUAUCUGGUGUGGUAGCACUAACUCAUCAACUGAAGAAGGGAAAGAAUUGAAUGAUCCCCGUGUUCUAACUGAUGUUGGUGAUGUCCCUGUCCAAGAAAUUCGAGAUUGUGGUGUAGAUGAUGACAGAUUGAUGAAUGUUAUAAGCGAGUCUGUCAAGCUGGUGAUGGAAGAGGAUCCAUUACGUCCGUUAGUUUUAGGUGGUGAUCAUUCAAUAUCUUUUCCUGUGGUACGAGCUGUCUCUGAGAAGCUUGGCGGACCUGUUGAUAUUCUUCAUCUGGAUGCACAUCCAGAUAUCUAUCAUGCCUUUGAAGGAAAUAUAUAUUCUCAUGCAUCAUCAUUUGCCCGAAUAAUGGAAGGAGGUUAUGCACGAAGGCUCUUGCAAGUAGGUAUCAGAUCAAUAACAGAAGAAGGCCGUGAGCAGGGCAAAAGGUUUGGAGUGGAGCAAUUUGAAAUGCGAACCUUCUCCAGAGAUCGCCAGCUCUUGGAAAAUCUGAAAUUAGGGGAAGGUGUAAAGGGUGUUUAUAUCUCGAUAGAUGUGGACUGCCUUGACCCUGCUUUUGCUCCUGGUGUAUCUCACAUUGAGCCUGGUGGUCUUUCUUUCCGUGAUGUUCUCAACAUCCUCCACAGCCUUCAAGCUGAUGUCGUUGCAGCUGAUGUGGUUGAAUUCAAUCCACAGCGUGACACUGUUGAUGGGAUGACUGCAAUGGUUGCUGCCAAGCUGGUACGAGAACUAACUGCAAAGAUAUCCAAAUGAGAACUUUUUCAAAUUGGUUUCCUUGGUGCUCCUGGAACCGGUGUUGCCUGUCUUCCAACAUUAGCAUAGUUUUUCCUCAGUAGCCGUGGAGGGCUUCUCUAAGGAAAUAUGAAAUAUUUUGUUCAAACCCCCUUCCGAGAGAGAGAGAGAGAGAGUAAUAAUAGUGAUCCGAUGCUUGGAUUGGGUGUUGUUUGUAGCCUAUCUCAUGCCCAAGAAUGAGAAGACAAUUUUUACCAAGUUCUGUGUUGUUGCAUCCCUGAAUCUGCAUGAAAUAAUCGUUAAAGCUUGCUUUCUAUCA